GUGGGGGAAUCCCCGAACGCGUCAGUGGCGCAGGUGGAGGGCGGGACUUCGAGUGUGGGGCUGGGAAGCUUAGUCCGGUAGGACUGCUCUCACCCUAGCAGAGUUGGGAAUCCCCCUCCCCCCGUGUUUCUUCGGGGCUUGGGCUUGCCCCGUGCUUCUGUGGAAGGCGGAAAGAACUGCAGGGGCGGUCUUCUCAAGAAGGAACGUAACCCUUGCCUGCCAUGUCUGGGGGCUUCGAGCUGCAGCCGCAGGACGGCGGCCCCCGGGUGGCCCUGGCGUCCGGGGAGACGGUGAUUGGCCGCGGGCCGUUGCUAGGAAUAACAGACAAGAGAAUAUCCAGAAGACAUGCUAUUCUUGAGGUGGUGGGUGGUCAACUUCGAAUCAAACCGAUACACACAAAUCCAUGUUUUUAUCGGUCUUCUGAGAACAGCCAGCUCUUACCAAUGAAGAUAAAUCUUUGGCACUGGUUGAAUCCUGGAGAUAGUUUUUCUUUGUUAGCUGACAAAUACAUUUUUUGUGUUGUGUCAACACACUCUGAAAUGGAAAUAGAAUGUACCUUAAGAAACAGUCAAAUGCUUGAUGAAGAUGACAUAUUGAAUGAAGUGCCCAAAUCUCCUGUGAUUAACUUACCUGAUAAGACAGCUCGUACCUCACAUCUGGAAAGAACUACAGAAAUAACUGAGACUCAGACUACUAGCACAAGUAGUGUGGUGAGAAAUCCCUUCCUAGGUGAAUGCGGAGGCUUGAGUAAACAGCAGUCAGAUCCUGGCCAGAGGAAAAGAAGCCUUCCAGCUUGGAUGUUAGAAGAUUUAAGUGAUCAAAACCUUUUAGCACCUGUCAUUAGUGGAGAUAACAGCAUAAUCCAGGGAAGUGGAAGAGAAGGAAUCUGCAAAGAAAAAACCCACAUAAAUGUAACACAGCAAGGAAGAAAGCGAAUUUCAUCAGGAAAUUCAGAAAGUGUAUCAGGAGGACAAGAUGCAGGGAAAAAGUGCAAAGAUACUAAUCAAGAAGAGUCUGUCAUUUCAUCCAAGGAAAUGCCAGAAUCAUUUUCUGCAACCACAUUAAGUAAUCCAGAUAUGCAUACUACGAAGAUUAAAACACAGAGAAAUGAAAUUCCAAUUGUGGGACUUGCUAAGGUUUCUAAACAUAAAAUCAUGACUAAAGGAACACUAACUAAAGGAGACGAGGCAUUGAGCUGUUCUGAGAGUUGUUCGAGUAUCCAAGGCAAGUCAUUCCUCAGUGAGUCUCAGAGAUCUCAUCCCAAGUCCAAUUCAGAAGCUUCCAGUUCUGACACUUUGCAUGCAAAGGAAACUGAUUCACUUCCACGAAGUUCACAAGAGAACAAAGUUAAGAGGUCAUCCUGCAUGUAUGGAGCAAACUGCUACAGGAAGAAUCCUGUCCAUUUUCAACACUUUAGCCACCCUGGUGAUAGUGAUUAUGGAGGUAUGCACGUCACAGGUCAAGAUGAGACUGAUGACCGGCCUGAAUGUCCCUACGGGGCAUCUUGUUAUAGGAAGAAUCUCCAACACAAGAUAGAAUAUAGACAUAGUAUACUUCAGGUGAGAAGUGUUUCAGAUGAAGAUGAUGCUGUUGGACAGCCCAAUGAGUAUGACCUGAAUGACAGCUUUCUAGAUGAUGAGGAAGAAGAGUAUGAGCUGACAGAUGAAGAUUCUGACUGGGAACCAGGAAAGGAAGACCAAGAACAGGAAGAUGUAGAAGAACUUUUGAAAGAAGCAAAAAAGUUUAUGAAAAGAAAAAAGUAAUUCUUCCUGUAUUAGGUUCACAUUUACUUUUUCCCUAUGGAAAAAUUCAGGACCGUGGGAGGUGUUUAAGUGAUCGUUUUCUUUCUUUUGAUAGUUGUAACUUUUGCUAUUGACUCUUUGCAAAUAAAACAUUGAAAUGUCUGCCUUUAAUGUAGCAAGUAGAAUUAAUUUUGUUAUCUUGCCCUUUCUUUCCUAUUUAAGGUAUCUGGCAAUAGGAAGCAGACAAAGAGGUUGAGUAAUAAUUAAUAUUUUUCACGUACUUUAUAUAAUGGCAAUAAAAAGUAAAAGCCAUAGGUUGCACAAGACUUUGGUGUUUUUUCUUUUUUUCCAAAAAUUCUAUCUUUAUAAUAGAGUACUAUGCAAGUAUAACUAGGAAAAUUACAUGGGUGGGGAAGCAAGAUUGCUGUUGUAGUUCUGCAGCCAAAACCAGGCUUCAAAAAUGGCAGCUAUUACAUACAUAAUGGCUAUUCUUUUUUCUAGCACUCUACAUGUGAACUUUGUAAUUUCUUUUAUUCUUUGAAACUUGGAGAAAUUUUUACCAAAUCAAUACUGAAAAAAAAUUCAGCUAAGUUAUAGAAAUGUUCACCUUACAGGAAAUAUUAUUUUGUGUCCCCACAUUUGUAAUUUACUGUAUAUCUGAGUUUAAAGGUAGAAAAACUUGAAGAAUUUGACAUUUUUUUCAAACUAAAGGGCACCCUAUUAGUUUAACUCUUACUGUGCUGUCUUUGCAUUAAGAAUACAAAAAUAAUUUUAACCAUA